GAAGAAGUGGCCCUUGUCAUUUCAAAGUUGUUACUUGCAAUUUUUAGCUGUUUUUAGUUUUCAAGUUACACUUUGGGCAAUUAUUGAAUUAAUUUUUGAAGCACCUCUUAUUUCUAUUUGAUCAGUCUUCAAAAUGUUUCUAACUAGAAGCGAAUAUGAUCGAGGAGUAAACACCUUUUCGCCGGAAGGACGACUAUUUCAAGUAGAAUAUGCUAUAGAAGCUAUUAAAUUAGGCUCUACAGCUAUUGGAAUAUGUACCAGUGAAGGGGUAGUAUUGGCAGUGGAAAAACGUAUUACUUCUCCAUUAAUGGAAGCUACUACCAUUGAAAAAAUUGUGGAAGUUGACAAGCAUAUUGGAUGUGCAGUGUCAGGUCUUAUGGCUGAUUCAAGGACCAUGAUAGAUAGAGCCCGUGUAGAAUGUCAGAAUCACUGGUUCGUCUACAAUGAAAAUAUAAGUGUAGAAUCCUGUGCUCAAGGAGUAUCAAAUUUAGCUAUACAGUUUGGUGAUUCAGAUGAUGAUGGUGCGGCUAUGUCAAGACCAUUUGGAGUGGCCAUUUUAUUUGCAGGUAUAGAUGAAAAAGGACCUCAAUUAUAUCAUAUGGAUCCCUCCGGUACAUAUGUACAGUUUGAUGCCAAAGCUAUUGGAUCAGGUUCAGAGGGAGCUCAACAAAGCUUACAAGAAGCUUACCAUCGUAGUAUGACUUUGGAAGAAGCUACUACUACUGCUUUGACAAUUUUGAAGCAAGUAAUGGAAGAAAAACUUAAUUCGUCUAAUGUUGAAGUUAUGACAAUGACUCCUAAAGAUUUGUUUCAUAUGUUUACUAAGGAACAGGUGGAAGAGGCUAUUAAAACAGCGCAACGUGUGGAACCAGAACAUCCCCAAGGUUUGAGCACAUUCAAAAAAUCUACUAACGUUAUAUAAUCUCUCAUUUUUUUAUCUGAUUUUUCUAAUGUAUUUUUUCACUAAUAAACUUUCGUACCAAUUGUA